UAUCGCCCAUCUCUAGGGACGUGAACACGUCAGUUUUUAGUUUAUAAUUUUUAGGCGAAAAGAUUCAGUACACAGUGCAAUUCAAAGUUUGUGGACUGGGCAGCGAUGACCACGACCAGCGACACACUCCAUAUCAUUUCGGAAACCAUUGCUUAAACAGCCUGACCUACGCCGAAGCAGCGCGUGCAACAACACAGAGUGCCGAAAUUUGACCAAAAACGGACGCAAAAUCUAUAAAAGCCGCAACAACAACGCCGUGUUGACGAGGGGGCGGGGUGCUGUACGGAAAAGAAGAUUAGCAGCUGCCACGCCAAGCAGAUCCGACGUGCGUGUCGAUUCGGAAUCAAGUUUAAAUCACGCCCCCACAGGCCUUUGUCGGCCACCGAAGUACACGUAGCCAUAGCCAUGGCCUUGCCAUUGAGCGACCUCCUCAUGUUUGGCAGCGGCGAGAAGAAGUUGGCCGCUUGCGUGGUGCUCCUGCUGCUGGAGCUCUUCCUCGAAGGCGCCGAGACGGCAGCGAGUCCGGCUGACAUUGAGAACCAUCUGGAGCUGGGCAAGGAAUUUCUGGCCCGCGGGCAGCUGUCGGAUGCACUGACGCACUACCAUGCAGCUGUUGAGGGCGAUGCCAACAACUACCUGACGCUAUUCAAGCGCGGCACCGUGUACUUGGCGCUGGGCAAGACCCGCUUUGCCAUCCAGGAUUUCAGCAGGGUUCUGGAGCUUAAGCCCGACUUCACAGCAGCACGCAUCCAGCGGGGUGUGGUGCACAUGAAAAGCGGCGAGUACGAGCAAGCGAUCACGGACUUUGAGCAGGUGCUGCAAGAGGAACCGCACAACGGCUUGGUACUGGAGCACUACUCCCGCUUACAACCGGCUCAAGAACAGUGGACUCUUGUAAAGCAACUGAUCGCACAUGAAGACCACCAGAACGCUAUUUCCAUGAUCACACAGCUACUGGAGAUCUCCCCGUGGGCAGUGCCCUUUCGGCAAGCCCGCUCAGAUGCCUACAUUGCUGUCAACGAUCCACUUUCCGCCAUUUCGGAUUUGCGACAGGUGAAUCGACUGACGCAGGACAGCACAGAGGGUCACUACAACAUCGCCCAGCUGCUAUACACCAUUGGCCAUGCCUCGAAUGCCUUGAAGGAGAUCCGCGAGUGCCUGAAGUUCGAUCCCGAACACAAGCUCUGCUUCCCCUUCUACAAGAAGCUCCGCAAGGUGGAGAAGCAGCUGGUGAACGCUGAGCAAGCGCGCGAGGAGAAGCAGUUUGCCGAUUGCAUAGCCGCCGGAGAGGCAGUUCUGCGGCACGAACCGGAGGAGCAGAUGAUCCGGUAUGAGGGCCAUAAGGCUCUCUGCAAUUGCUACACCGGUGAUGAACAGUUCGGCAAGGCCUUGCAACAGUGUAAAGAGGCUUUAGAUAUCAUGAAGGAUGCCCAGGUCUACUGCGAUCGGGCAGAGGCUCUGCUGGGCACAGAGAUGUAUGACGAUGCCAUACACUCCUACCAGGCGGCUCUGGAUCUGGAUGAGAGCAACAACCGCGCAAAGGAAGGCAUUCAGCGGGCCAAGAAGUUGCAGAAGCAGUCGGAGCGCAGGGAUUACUAUAAGAUACUGGGAGUGAAGCGCACUGCCAGCAAGCAGGAGAUCGUAAAGGCGUACAGAAAGGCGGCACAGAAGUGGCAUCCGGACAACUUCCGGGACGAGGAGAAGAAGGUGGCAGAGAAGAAGUUCAUUGAUAUCGCCGCUGCAAAGGAAGUGCUCACAGAUCCAGAGAAGCGACGUCAGUUCGACAACGGCGAGGAUCCGCUGGAUCCCGAGGGUAACCGGGGAGGCUUCCACGGCGAACAUCCCUUCGCUCACUUCCAGCACGGGUCGCCCUUCCAGUUCAAGUUCCACUUCAAUUAGUCAGCCAGCGUCCCCAGCAGCCAUAUGCUUUGUGUACCGUCACGAUAUCCUCAGCGAUUUUACACAGUUUUUGUUUCGUUCAUUUGAAUGGCGUGUAAAUAGUAGCAUAGAGCGUACAAGCCCACGAGCCUCUGGUCCGCUGUCAGAGAGCAGCACACACACACAAAUCGCAACAAUAACAACACACUGAGCCCUUACAUUUAAUUAGUUUAUUUAAUACAAUAAUUAUAAUGUAGUACAUUUUUCUAAUUAUGUAUAAAACGAAAUAUGAGAAACAAGAAAUUAAAGACUUGGAAAGUGAACUGAA